AUGGAUUUGUCGGAUAAUGAUGAAGACUUGAUUACAUUACUCCGCAAAAGCCGAAGCCUCUGCUAUGCAAAAGAAGCGCCACGCAGAAUCAUCACUCGGGGUGACUGGGAGUCAAUCGAUAUUGAACCAAGAAAUCAUCUUGGGAUCCUUAAGCACAAGCCACAGAAACUGAAACAGCACACCACUUGUUCCAGGGUCCAAAAACACCGAUCACGACAAACAGGCAAGCAACAAGUCAAUGACACCCGUCCAUUAGUUAGAUCAACACCAAAAGAUCGCAGCUGUCAUGGGGUAAAUCAGCUCGUACACAAGAGUCGCAUUCGUCAAAACGACGCCGUUAGACGUGCGAAGUCCCACGGUACUUGUAUAGCUGCACCUAGGUGUGAUAGCAAGUCAUUAUUACUAAACAGUCGCUCCGAAGAGGACAGUUAUCGUCAGACUGAAGCCGAAUCCUUGAGACUGACGACGCCUCCAGGAGAUUCCGAAACAAAAAUCAUCCAACAGCUUCAAAGGAGACAACGCCCUCGAGCACUAGUCGUUCCAGAAUAUAAGUGGGCGUACAUAGUCAAGUGUAUCGACAACGCCGACCUCAUCCUAGACGACGAAGACAAGAAGAAAAGAACAAUGACGAUCAAGAGCUUUGCCGACCGUGAGAAGGCCAAUCUCGAGUUACAUAGAUACACAAGCCCAGAGACCGUGGGUGGCCUCGAUGCGAUUGCCAGCCGGUCCUCAGCCCUAGAGGGUCCCCAACGGCUGUUGAAGGUGGACCUCCAAUUGACUAAUGGGGAGCACUAUCUCUUCUGGAUAGAGCAAGAUAUGGUUGUGCUUAGGGAGCUCGAAGCAAAAGUACGAAAUCAGAAACAGUGGGCGCCGGUUGAGCGGCCGAAGUUUCCGCAUUAUAUCGUGACGUGCGACUUGAUCACGUACGAGACUUGUCACGUCACGCACAGCCUGGAGCAACCAAAACCAAAUGAAGAUGAGGGCGAAGAUAGCGAUGAUGAAAUGAUGAGUUUAUCGAGUCAGAGAAAUGAGCUGGUGUUCACCGGCACAAAUAUCGACACACGCAUCGAGAAGCUUCCUUUAAUGACCUUUACCUUUCGCGAGAUGGCCAACGAGUACGCGGGAGAUUUGUUCCUCAAGAGGUCGAAAGUUGACGAACAGGCUGUCACGCUCGAUGAAGUCUUAUGGUGGGAGCAGAAUGCUCUACCGAAACACAAGAAGGCAGUAGCAGCCGCUCGUAAACCCCACGGCCUGUACGAGAUCGAGCUGGACAUAGACGAUAUUGAUAUGGAAUCUCGAUUAGGAUGGAGUCAGAUAUUGGUGCACGUGCACGAAGUUCCUGAUGUUGUUGGACCGGUAAAUUUCUGAGUAUAACAAGGGCAGAUGAGCGGGCUUGUAACUUGAAGCUAUUCAGAUUACAAUGAUCAACUAGGGCUGCAUGAGUCCUUAACCAACUAACUCCUUCUCAGCUGUUGGUAGCUUAACUCGACUCUAUAUAUAACUGGUCUGCUAGCCUAGACCACCUAGGUCUCUAGGGUCUGUUUUAAGAGGCGAAGUCUGUAUAAUCUCACUUUCCAACAUUACCUACAUGUCUCUGAAUGAUCAUGCAGCCUUUAAUGGCCUUUCGUAUGGCCGAAAUGCAAGGCGAACUGCAUAUUCAGCUAGUACAGCUUGUGCAGCUUUGUACGCG